AUGGAAUCUUCUGCUCCCGGGCAUUAUUUCCGACACUAUGACCCGCCCAAUUCUCAAGAGAAUGGAGCUGAGGCUCAAAGAAUCCAGGCCAAUGCUUAUCCGGGUCGAGUCCGACCUGCGUUUAUAAUAGCGUAUCCUGACGGUCUGCCCGCCAAAUACAACAUGGCUCGCAGAACCACCGCCGAGGGUGUCCCCGACAGAAUCAUUGAAGACAACUUUGAUAAAGACUUCUACACCAAGUCCCCGGAUAAUGUUUCUGCCAUCUUCUCAACAAAAGGAGGGAGACUUCCUUUUCGGAAAGCGAAUGUGGACAGCUUCAAACUUGGGCGCGAAAGGAGGCUUUGGUCGCAACGCGAGAUCGACCUUCGAUGCAACGAUAUUCGCCGAGAGCACGCACCCUUUAUGAAGCUGCUGGAGAAGCCGCGCUACCCAGAGACUUUGUUCAAGUACUUCGACCCCCACGACAUAUACGAAGACGGCCCCCAGAAUCGGUGGAAUCUCCUAAAUACCUUGUAUGCCGAAAACGAGAUCAUAGCAAAAAUAGUGGAAAGGGACUUUACCGAGCAUAUCAGAGAAUUCGUAGAUAAGUGGCUCGCACGUGGCAAUGGUAGGAAGCUCAAAAACUGGGCUUCAGAAGAUGGCAUUAUGGAAUUGUUCUCUGAAGACGACUGGCAGGCCAUAGGUAAUAUCGACAAGGACAUGGUGGCUAUUUUUGAGAAAGUUCUCGAGGAACGGAAGAAGGACUUUGAGUCAAUCAAGCCGGAUAAUAUCAAAAUUCCUGUUGUAAAGAAUUGCGAGAACCUCCAAGUUCACGCAGAGGUGUUUGACUACAAUGCGAAUGCACUACUACCAAAGUUCCCACCCUCAGAGUGCAAGAGUUCCCAAGUGGCCUUCACCAAUGUCCCGACACCAAACAGUCUUCACGAUGGACAACAUCGUCCUGUUCCCGCAAUGCUUGGAUAUGGGCCACCUGGCCUUUCUCAGUCAGCCCCGACAAACCAGUUCAGUCCACGGGCCCGAAGACAUCCAUGUGCAGAAGAGACCUGUGAAUGCCGGAAACGAGCAGGCCACAACAUCUAUGACGAUGAAUACAGCCCCGCCUAA